UAAUAAUACUCUGUGCUUGUUACUUGUAAUAAUUAUACUCCUAUAUACUAUACUCCUAAUAUUUACCUUCUAAAAUUGUUUUUCUUCACUUUCUGUUAAGCCGUAAUAUAACAAACUAUAUUUUCUACUCUUGUCUAGUAACUUUUAUAACUUUUAUCACUAGAAUUUUGGUGUUUGUUUAUGAUCUUACUUUCUACAUUUUUAAACAAUAACACUUUAACUGUUCAACCAAAUUUAAUUUGCUUUAUUUUUCUGAUUUAAUUGGAUCUAACCUUUAGUGCAUGUUGCAUGAAUUUAUCUAUACUGUUACAAGUUCCUGUUUACCAUAAUCCAUAAUCAUGUAAUACCUAUAUUAUUAUAAUUUAUAUGUAUACAAAGAGUAAUAAAAGCCUUAAAUAAUAAAUGGGAAAAGAUAAAACGAGAUGUUAAGCUAAGGUUAUCGGAAGAAAAAAAAAAUGCAUAAGACUGGAGGUGGUGUUGCAAAAACUUUUAAAAAAAUUGAAUUUUAUGAUAAUAUAGUGGAACUACUUGGUAUUUCAGCAGUUGGCCUUGAUAGUUGUUUUGAUUCUGACAUUGUUGCACAAGAACAUAACAGUUCUGACAAUAAUUUAAACAUCCUUAACAUGGAAGUUGAAAUUGAAAAUGUAGGCGAAAUAUUUAGUAUAAAAAAAAAUGAUUGGUUAAAACACACUUUUGGUCUAACAUAUUUGCAGCUUUCGGAAGUAUCAGAUUGUUUUUCAUUUGAUUUUAUGUCAGACAUCCCUGGAGACAGCAAAUAUGGUAGGUAUACGCCGAUUAUAUCUUAGAAAAUUAAUUUUGAUGAAAACUCGAAUUUUCCACCAAGUAUGUGGGCUUCACAUACAGCGAUAUUCAAAUGAACAUCGAACAAUUGUGAAUCUUUCCAUUCUCAUUUCAACGAACAAUUUUAUAAGGCACACCCAUAAUUUUUUACAUUUUUACAUAUACUUAAAGACAAAAUACAGACGGAUA